CAGUCUUACACUAACGGCGCUUAGAACAUCAUGUGGAAGCUCCUGAUUUUUGUCUCCCUGCCCGUUUUGAGCAGUCAGAGCGGUCAAUGUUACUGGAACAACCAGCACCCAUACCCCUACUACGGUAGUAAAACCCCUUAUGAUACAGUGAGGGGGGAUUUUAGAGACGUUCCUGAAAUUAAAGAAUGUGAACCAGUUAGCAUAUGGUUUAUGGUGAGACAUGGGACCCGCCGCCCUAAUACUAAUGAUUCCAAAACCAUGAGGAAGGCUUCGUUCCUGAGAGAAAACAUCAUACAGAGUCAUGCCAAUGGAAAUGUCGAAAUGUGCGCUCAGGAUAUAGAGGAUCUCCGCAACUGGAACUGGAAUCCCAAAUUGGAUUACAAAAAGUCCUUCCUCACAUCCAAAGGUUACCAAGAGUUGUUUGAAUUUGGCCAUAGGUUCGGCCAAAAGUAUUCAAGUUUCCUAAAGGAAGUCCACUAUUCGGUGAUAAGGCCCACAAGUGAGCAGAGGACUCAGGGAAGUGUCAAAGCAUUUCUCGAAGGUCUGCAAGGGAUCAACAGGAGCUUUGUUAUUGAGAAUCACAUCAUCAAUGAUCCAGUUGCCAGGCCCUACAGGUACUGCGCUAAGCGAGGAGUUCAAAUCAUUAAUGGCACCCGGCUCUCUUUCGAGAUACAACGCUUCCAGCAAACAGCAGAGUUUAAGCAGGUUCAAGAAAAUGUACAGAGAAGAACCGGGAUAAAUAUCCAAUUGAAACCCACUUCCAUAAUGGGCAUGUAUGACUUAUGCCGCUUCUACCGCUCCUACUCCGCACUGAAGAGGAGUCCUUGGUGCGCAGUCUUUUCUGAUCAUGACUUGGAGAUUCUGGAGUACGUUGAGGAUUUACGGCAUUAUUUUCGAAACGGCUUUGGUGAUUCACUCAACCCGCAAACGGGAGCUGCUGGACUUAAGGACUUGUAUGAGAAGUUCUACGCUUCAAAAUCUGGCCACAAGUCCUUCACAGCCUACUUCACUCACGACACCAUGGUAGACAUGAUCUAUUCGGCCAUGGGACUAUAUGAAGACUACCCGAAACUCUCCGGCUUCGAAAGGAUAAAAGACAGAAAAUGGCGGACCAGUUUCCUGACACCAUUCGCUGCAAACUUUGUAGCAGUCUUGCAUAGGUGUCCUAAAAUCCAGAAUUCUACAACAAACACUUAUAGAAUACAGUUCUUGGUGAAUGAGAAGGAGAUGCAUCUCUGCGGAGACCGCUUUUGCUCUUGGAAAGGCUUCGAGAACACCUUCCAGAAGUUCACCAACACGACCCUAGACUUCUGUGAUGACUUCACUUAUGUUUAUAAGUAGAGCGCAAAACUUAGUUAGUAGUAGCAAUUUUGAAUUUAUACAUUUUAUAAUUAGUUUAAAUAUGACAUUUAAUGUACUAGUUCUAAAUAAUUAACUUUAUCCUGUAAAAUACAAUACCUACUCUGUAAUUGUUGCACGCCCAAAGAGGCGAUAUACAGUGGGUCUUCAUACUUAUAAUUCUAUCCAACCUGACCUGUAAUAUGCAAUAAAUGAAUUUGAAUUUGAAUUUGAAGAAUCGGUGGGGAACAACCAGUUGAGAAUAUAGGUACCUAACUAAUAAACGUAGCUUCGUAAGUGCCUGAUAAAUUAGGGAUGUGUGUAUAAUGCAUAUUCAGAUACAUUAUAUGCUACCCAGCAGUACCCUGCUUUAUCUUAUACUAAUAUAAUAAAAAUAAAUGCUUUUAUUGCAGUCCAAAUACACUUAUGUAAAAAAAUAAACCUAAAAUACAGUGUCGAUAAACU